CUCGCACUCUCUCUCUCUCUCUCUCGACUGUCCGACCCUCUCUGCUCCCACGCACCCCUGAGUAUCUUUGAUAGCUCUUAUCUUCCCUCGAUACCCUCCUUACCCUAGAUCCCCUCCGGAUUCUCUCUCCCAUCUCUCGAUCUCCCUCCGCCCUCAAUCUCUCACUCCCGAUUAGCUCGCUGCUCUACCCUAUCCCGAUCUCCUUUCUCUCUCAAUAUCUCAUUCCGAUUCGCUCGCUACUAUCCACAAUCCUUGGUUGUUAUUAUUCCAUCUCUAUGUUUUCUCAAGAUAGCGAGGAAGAAGGCAACCCAAUUACAAUUCAGGUAAUUCUUUGAGUGUCUCAAUAGCUGAAUUGGGCAUCAUCAGUAUUGCUCUAGGAACAUAUUCAGUGUCCCAAAUCGUGAAUAGAUACUGAAGUUCUCGAAGCGACUCAACAGCCAGAGUUCCAAUUGCAGUCAUGGGCAGUGAGUUAAAGUAUGAGAUUGGACAGAAGCCUUACAUCAAGCUCAUCCUGCAUGCCCUAAAGCACAAGACAUCAGCCGUCAAUGGCAUUCUUGUUGGUUCUCUUGGCAAGAAUGUUGAAGUCAUUGAUAUUGUUGAUGCAGUCCCUCUUUCUCACUCUCAGAUUGGCCUCCUCCCAACUCUUGAAAUUGCACUAACUCAGAUAGAGGAGCAUUUUGGAGCACAAGGUUUAAGUAUUGUGGGUUAUUACCAUGCAAAUGAGAGAUAUGACAAUUUUGAACUUGGUAAUGCUUCGAAGAAGAUUGGCGAUCAUAUAUGCCGUUACUUUGCACAGGCUGCAGUACUUCUGUUGGAUAACCAAAAGCUUGAAACCCUCCCCAAGGGAAAAGAUCGGAACCCUGCCUUGCGGCUUUACAUCAGGGAUGCAUCAAAGAAUUGGAAGCAAGCUGGAUUGGAUGGAAGUAUUAGAUUAAGCAUGAAGGAACCCGCAGCCAAUGUAGUCCUGUUGGAUUAUAUCUCGUCUGAAAAGUGGCGAGAUGUCGUUGAUUUUGAUGACCACCUUGAUGACAUCAGCAAUGACUGGUUGAACCCAGAUCUCGUGAAGUAGAUAUCUAGUUCCACCCCUUGUGGACAACAGGCUAAAGCAUAAUUCAUGGUCCUCUUGUGCUGGGAUUGAAAAAGAAUUAUCUUUGUUGGGUUCUAUCCCCAGAUUUAGAUACGCCUUUUGCUCUGGUGGGUGAGUAGCCAAGGGAUAAUCUUGGCCAUACUGAAUAUUUCGUGUUUUGAAAACUAUAUCCAGACAGAAUUUUUGUUGUAUUAAACAGUCAGCCAUCGUAAUGCAUCAUUAUUUUGAGA